UUUUUGUAGUUUUUGCCUUUAAAACUACAAAUAUGGUACCACUGGGUCACCAUUAGGACUUCCGGGUUUCAUCACUGAAUAAAUACCAGUGCGGCAUUUUUUGAAUUACCGUAGUUCAGUCUACAACUUGAAGCUGACUUUUUGACUUGAGUGGUCUUGUGAUAAGUUUUGUUUUUGUUUUUCCCUAAAAACAACAGCUUUUUUAAAAGCUACAUAUUUGGAAUCUUUACAAACUUGGAUUUUGUGUUACUCAGUCACCUCUGGAUACCAGGUAAUCUUGAGGAGCUGUGACCUGAUUGGAGUGGCUGUCUAAAGCAUUGUUCUAAGUGAACUGGUGCGAAGAGAAGGUGAAAUCAACUACUGCUGUGUUUUUUUGUACACUGAAGUAUUGUGAUUGUACAAGAUGCCUGUUCUGAAGGGACAUCGCAUGCGUCGUGGUCCAAAGGGCAAGAAAACCGCUGUUGAUGUAAGUCCUGUUUGUUUGUGCAGUGAGGUUCUACCAAAAGGUAUAGUCUUUGGAUCUAAAUUGUUGGAAAGUAAAUCCUGGUAUCCUUGUAAAAAUAGUUUGGGUUGUGCUGUGACAGCGGUUAUUAAAAAUGAGAGUGUUCCCAUUUGUACAUGGAAGGGAAACGAUUUGGAUAUUUUGCAACGCGAGGCUUCUAGCUUAUGGGGUAGUGACGUUUUGGAAUGCAACUAUGGCAUCGUUACCACAACUAAUGUGUGUUACGAAGGCAAAGAAUGGUUUGUGUCCCUGACUGGUAAAGAACUUAGCAGAGGAAAUGGCAAGGAACUAGAAGUAAUGGAAGCCAUUAACCUGAAGCUAUCUACAAAGAAAGCUUGUUUAUUUGGAUUGUGUGGAAUGUGGUGUGCCAUUGUUAAGCACAAGGACUAUUUGGCGUUGGUUGAUUUCAAUGUACGUGAUGUAGACGGAAUGGCCUCUUCUAUGGGACGUGCUGUUGUGGUGUUUAAUACCAACUUACACGACUUGGUUUUGCAUUUGGGAAAUUUGAUGCGUUCCCUGACUGCAACGUUGUUUUACGUUGCUUCAAUUGAAGUGUCAAAUAUCGAAAUAGACUCUUGCAGUGUUGGAAAUGUGUCCACUGCUGACAACACAAUUGGAGUGAAAAAGGCCAUGAGCUCUGAAUUGAGGGAUGAAGUGUGUGGUGUUUCAAAGGUAUCACAGGAUGUUAACAUUUGUGAUGUAAUUGAGCGAGUGUCCACAGCAGUUGACAACACAGUUGUUUUGAAUAAGGAUGUGGGUUCUGAGUUGAGAGAGAAAGCGUGUGGUGUUUCAAAGGUAUCACAGGUUGCUAACUUAUGUGAUGUAAUUGCGCCAAAUAUUUCUAACCAGGACUCAGCUGCUACUGGUUAUGAUUGUGGUGCUGUGAAAGUAUCCAAGGAUCUUAACAUCUGUGAUGUGAUUCAGCCAAAGAGUUCUGGGAAGAACACAGCUGCUGCUUGUGUUGACUGUGAGUGUAGUAAGAAACUUCCACCACCGUUUGAGCGUUCUACUGUGGAGAGAGUAGCGCAAAGGAGUAAGGAACGCCAUUUUUCAAAUAGUCUUGCAUGUGCAGCUGCAGCAGUGGUCAAGCAUGAGACGUUUCCCAUUUGUAAUUGGAAGGGAAAACACUUUGCUGAUAUUGAACAAGAAGUGCGCGACAUGUGUGCAGACUUGCCAGAUGUUUUUGACAAAUACAAAGAUUUGAAUAUGGAUGGAGAAUUAUCUUUUCAUAAGGAGAAGCGUGUUGUGUCUGUGGUUGCUAUGCUUGAUGGGAACAUCAUCAAUGGAUGGAAAGUAUUUAUGGAAGGAGUUGACCACGUACUUUCUACACACGGUUCUUGCUUGGUUAGGGUCGGGACAGAAGUGGUGGCUAUAAUUUGCCACAGACAUUAUUUUAUUGUUGCAGAUUUAAACGUGCGCAACACUCUUGGACAAGCUUCUGACAUGGGUGCAAGCGUCAUUGCUUUUACUACCCACUUGGACGAGUUACAUUGGCAUCUGAAAAAAUUGAUGGGUUCUUUGGGAAGAAAAGACUAUUGUGUUGCUGCUAUUCACGUGGCAAUGAUGGAUGAGCUUAGCUUUGCAAAUGUUGUCAAGAAGAAUUUAAAGAGCAAAGACAGCUUUGUUGACCUGAAGUCUGAAAAAUGCACUGCAAUCUCAAAUGAUGUAUUACAUGUUGGGGAACCAAGUUGUGGGUUUGAUAAACCAGGAUCAGUAAGUGAGAUUUGCAGUUCUAAUGUUGAUGGUGAAAUUAAAGUUGUUCGUGGCAGCUUUCAUCAAGCAAGCGAAUUUUUUCAAUAUGAUGGUAAUCAGUCUGGUGGUAGUCAGUGUACUGCCAUAUGUGCUGUGGCGCUGGCCACUCAUGAGGUGAACAAUGUUACAAAUUGGACCACAGAUGACUUGGAUUCAGUUGUUCUGGCAGGUGAUGCCUUGUACACAACGUUAUUGGAAUCUGGUUGUAUUGCUGUUAGAGUUGAUGACUUUGGACAUAGAGAACCCAUGUGGUUGAAUAUAUACGAGUUGCCUAAACAGCUUAAGGUGCUAGGUUCAACUUUUGAUUGCCAAUAUGAUGAAAACUAUGUGUAUGGAGAUGUGUGUAUUGAUGAUGGAAAGGAUAUGAAGAAAUUGUUGAUGUCAUCAUUAUUUGAUGGUUUAACCAACAUUUUUCAGAAACAUGAUCGUUGCUUUGCCAUUUUCUGUAGGACAACUUGUGCCAUCAUUAAAACAUCAGAUUGCUUUGCGUUUGUGGAUUCACAUGCUCGUAAUGAACAUGGAUUACUGGAUGGUGAUGGUAAAAGCAUUGUAUUGUUUUUCCAUAAUUUGACUGAUGUGUGCAAUCACAUAAAGUUGUUGGCUUCAACUUUGAAUGGCGAUACAAAAUUUGAGUUAACUGGUGUCUCUUUUCAGCGCAGAACACCUUUUGAGCAGCAGAUGGAGGUUGUUGAUAGUGGAUCUGUUGAUCAAAGAGAUGUUUGUGUGAUGCAGAGCAUGAGUGACGUAGGGGAAGAUGCAGUGAUGUCCUUGAUGGAAUCAGAUCUGGUGGUUGUGGAUGAGGGAGUCUUGACAUCAGAUGUGAAUAUCCUGGAUGACAUGGAAUUAGACACCAAUAAUGCUUGUACAGAAGAUGCAGCAGAUGUAAUCUACGCGUCAGAAAGACAAGUUGUGCAAUAUUUUAACCCAGUGUCAAAAUCCAAAGCAUUGGAUUUGUGCAAGCAGUUAAGUUUAGCAGUUGAAUGUGAACCGCAACAUAUUGGGGAGGCUGGCAUACCUUUAGGUCCUCCUUGUCAAACAGUAAACAUAACAGGGGAUGGCAAUUGUUUUUUUAAUGCUACAAGCUAUGCACUUUCAGGAACAGAGAAAAAUCACUUGAAACUAAGACAAAAUGUUGUAAAAUAUAUGGAGAAUAGUCAAGGAAAAUGUGAGAAAUAUUUAAGAAAGGAAUAUGCAUCUGUAGGUGAAUAUCUCAGUCAGUCAAACAUGAUUUCAGAUGGAGUAUGGGCAACUGAAGUUGAAAUUCAGUGUUUGGCUAACUUUUUGAAUGUAAAUGUAUUUACAUAUAGUGCAGGGAAGUGGCUAAGCUAUAAGUCUGAAGCACGCAAAGGCUCAUCAGAAAACAUAUACUUGCACCACCGGAAUGAGAACCAUUAUGAUGUUGUGCGUUGUGUAAAAAAUCUUAAAAAUGGUCAGUGUUAUUGUGAUUGUGGUCUACGUCAAGGCGCUGACAUAUUGUAUGUAAGGGAAGUAGUUGGACACAAUGUGCAUGGGCAUUCAGCUAAGACAAUGACUGUGGACUGCAGUGCUGUAGACUUAUCAGGUGAACCUGUAGUCUCUGAGCAAAGUGUAAGGAAACAGAGUUAUUUGCGAGUCUCACAACGAAAGAGGAAUAGCAGUUGUGAUCAGAAGUUAGAACCAAUCAAAAAACGAAAAGUGUUUAAUGCUAUUGAACGCUCAGUGAUUGAAUCUAAGGAAGGUAGGGGUUCUGGAUCAAGGUCUUGUAGUGUAAAUGUUUCUGCAAAUGGUGUUGAUACUAGAAUUAAUCUAUUAUCCAGCUCUCUACCCAAAGCAUUGUUAUUAGAAAGGGAUAGCAUUGAGAAAGAGCUUGGACAUUUGGUUAAGCCUUGCAGUGUUAAAUUGCAUCGUUUAAAUUUGAAGCGUGUGAUGGCGGUACAGGAUGUCACUAUGUACAAAGAUGAUGUUGAGAUUGUUUCUGACAAGCCAAAGACAAUUGCUCAGAUAAGUAAUACAAUGUUAACACAGGUGGAAUCAAAUAUUGAAAGUGAAGAGGAGUGCUUGAACAACAAUGUGCAUAUGGAGACUUAUUCAGAGUUGCCUGAAUGUGUAUAUUUGUAUAACCAAAUGCCUGUGUCGGUAGUAGCAGAUUUGCGCAAACAACUAAAGUGGGAUUUUGUUGGUGAGCCUCAGAUUGUGGACAAUGGUGUUUUGCCGUUAGAUGUUCCCUGUCAGAUAAUUAAGAUGGAUGAUGAUGAAAAUUGUUUUUUCAAAGCAGUGAGUUACAUUCUUACUGGUAAUACAAAAAGUCAUGUAAAAUUACGUCGUGCUGUGGUGAAGUAUAUGAAGGAUAAUGAUGGACUAUGUGAAGCAUAUUUAAGGAACAAUGACAGUUGUAUGAGUGAUUAUUUGAAUGCCACAGGAAUGUAUUAUGCCGGGGCUUCAGCAAGUGAAACAGAAAUUCAUUGUAUGGCUAAUAUGUUACAUGUGAAUGUGUAUGUAUAUACUGGAGAAAAGUGGUUGCAAUUCAAGUCUCAAGAUGGGGAAAGGACGACUGGUAGCUUUUAUUUGCAACGUCAUAUUAGAAAUCAUUAUGAUGUAGUGUCUUGUGUAAAAAGUGCAAUUACAAAGCAAUGUUGUAGUCAGUGCGUUGCAAAGGAUAAAGUGGAUUGUCUGAAACUACGAAGUUGA